CCGUAUUGAAAGAGAGAGAGAGAGAAAGAUUAUGCGGUUAAGCGAAACAAACAUAGUGCGGAGUUUUGCGAUUUUUCUAGCUUGACGAAUCAUACGAUCUACGAAAGAAAAAAAAAAACGAUAAAUGUCGUAUGAUAAAUAUAACUUGUGAUGAUAUUCGUAUGUGCGCGUGCUUGGAUAUGAUUUUCAUUAGAAACAGGCGUGCGUUUUAACAACGCAUUUUCGUACGAGUUAAAUCACUGUAUAGGUUAGCGUUCAAUGAUGCUUGUCAUUGGCCGCGUUCGGCGAAAUGUUUAUUUUGCAACUGUUGGAAGUUCCCUGUGCAACGUUGGAUUAUUUCUGCAUAUCUAAAAGAAUAAUCAGAUCUCAGAAAACUCCCGACAGUUGUAAAUUAAACGUUCCGCUAAAUGUGGCCAUUGUCAGUUCAGGGCACAUUGUGGACUCGGUCGGAAUUGAUUCCGAUUGAAAUCGCUUAAUUACUUCCUGUAAAAUAUAAUAAAAAAUCUAGGGAAUAAUUAAAAGAUUCUGAUCGGAAAUCGAAUCCGAACAAAAUUCCAUGAUAGGCGCAGUUGUCCGCAGACACACGGAUUCGUUGUUUCUUUAAUUUCGCAAACGACGUAGAAGUAGACAUAAUAAUGUCAUAUGUGUCAAUUUAUGCAAUAGUUGGUCAGUGAUAUCUUGGCUCGACAAAGUUCGUCAUUCGAUCAUUCCUGGCUCAAAAAAGAACGAAUCAGGACGUGAUCUGAAGACAUCUUACUACGUGUCAAAUGACUAAUGCAAUGGGUGGAGCUUACGUACGUACACCACAAUCUAUUUUUCAACAUAUGAUGAGCCAACAAAAUACACAACAGCAACAAGUUGGACAAUGGAUGCAAAUGCCCCAAGUACCACCAAUAAGUAUUCCAUGGAGUGUACCGGCAUUACAGCAACCAGAAGUGAUUAGAUUCACAGGAGAAACUAGUUAUGGACCAAUCGUUCAUCAGAAGAGAAAAUUAGAAGCGCUAGAUCGUGUAGAUAUCAAUCGUCGUUCUAAGCAGUUUAUAACAGAAGAAAAAAUGACUGCACAUUUCAAAGAUCUACAUAUUAGUUGCAAUCGCCAGUCUGAGAGUUCUGUGGCAUCGACCUCAGCAAUCGAUGCAUCUGUCUCUCACAAGCAAUCAGAUAUGGAUUUGGAUGUUGAUACUACAAACAAUACAAUAAAUAGUGACCAAGCAAACCAUGCACACCCAAGAUUAGUUCUUUCAGAAGAACUUAAGCGAAUGCAACAAGAACCCAUCCUUCCCUCAACUCUUCUGUCUAAAUUGGAGAGACCCUCCAUGGCUCUAGUCCUUUGGGAACCACCGAGCAAGCAUCUUCGUAUCUUGCCAACAAGAGAUACUCCAACACCAAUCCCAAUGUUCAAUCAACAUUUGAGCCAAUGGAAUUGUGAGGAUCUUCAGUUGAAUCAACACGCUUUAUCUACAUAUAUUGAAAACAGAAACAUAUAAAUAAUGUAUUCUCUCUAAGAAGAUAAUUCUUUUCAAUAUCAUGUAAGAUGUGAAGCAGGCAUUAGGAUAAGGAAUGAAAUAGACCUCACGAUACUUUCUAUUGUAUAAUAAUUUUUGGAGUGAUACUGCGUUUGCGUGUAAAUUAAAAAUAUAGAUCUUUGAGGUUGAAUUACCUACGGUGUUUGGUUUUCAUUCGAUAAUUCUGAAUGUUAUUUCAUUUAUACGAUUUUUAUAAAACGAGUUUUGUUUUGUCAAAAUA